UGACAAGUACUGACGCAGUGGACUACAUACAGUUACUUACAUUAUAACGUUAAUGAAAUAGACAAGUAUUUUAAAAAUCAAGUUCUAUUAAUUGUUUUGCCACAUAAUAACAUCAUAGAAUCGUUCCGAGUUGAGCAGUUUUGUAGUUGGUGUAUUUCACUUUCUCCUGUGUCCAUAAGUUGUAGAGUUGCUUGGCCUACAUAGUGGAACUUACUGUGGUCACAUGAUCUAAAAAUGGCGGACGGCACUACACAGGACAGCAUGGGAGAUAUAGACGGGGCGACGAUCUUGGCUCAAGCUUUGAAGACGCAGGGCAUCGAGUACAUGUUCGGGAUUGUGGGUAUUCCCGUCAUGGAGAUCGCAAUGGCAGCCCAAGCAGAAGGAAUUAAAUUCAUCGCCAUGAGAAACGAACAAGCUGCAUCUUAUGCUGCAUCGGCCAUUGGUUACAUCACGUACUGUCAAUUGCUGUCAUGUACCAUCACAACUAACUACUGUCAACCUUCCUUGCUGAAACUCAUGUCUGGGAUGGCCAAUGCCAUGGAGAACUGCUGGCCAUUGAUUGUCAUUGGCGGGUCAUGUGAUCAGAACCACGAAGCUAUGGGAGGGUUUCAGGAAUUCCCCCAGGUAGAGAGUGCCUCCAGUCGUGUGUACAGCAAGUUUUCUGUCCGACCAAGUCGCCUGACCCAGAUACCUCACUGUGUGGAGAAGGCUGUCCGACUGAGCACAUAUGGCCGCCCGGGCGCGUGUUACCUCGACCUGUCUGGAGAUAUGAUCACAGGGAAGACACAUUCAGGUGAAGUCAGAGAAGUAAGCCAGUGUCCCCCUCCACCAGCUGUCAUGGCUGACCCUGUCGCUGUCAAGGCUGCCGUUGACCUCAUUACAUAUGCAGAACGACCUCUCAUUGUCAUUGGCAAAGGUGCUGCGUAUGCCCAAGCGGAGGAUGUCAUACAGAGACUCGUCAACAUGACGCAGCUGCCGUUCCUGCCCACGCCCAUGGGUAAAGGAGUCCUUCCUGACGACAACACAUUCUGUGUGGCAUCAGCAAGGUCAAGAGCACUGAAAGAAGCUGAUGUGAUUGUGUUACUUGGCGCCCGUCUUAACUGGAUGCUUCAUUUUGGUAUGCCUCCCCGAUUCAGCCCGAAAGUGAAAAUCAUACAGGUAGACAUCUUGCCAGAGGAAAUGAACAACAAUAGACUGUCAUCAGUGUGUCUAGUAGGAGAUAUACAGAGUGUUGUCGCACAGAUCUGUGAUGAGAUGGACCGACGCCCAGGUCAGUUUCAGCUCAACUCCAGCUCCCCCUGGUGGAAGACACUGAAAGCAAAGGUCAAGGACAACCACAAGGCUGUACAGGCGAUGUGUGAAGACGUGAGCGCCCCCCUCAACUACUAUGCUGCCUACUGGCCGAUCACCAAACUGCUACCCAGAAACUGUAUGAUCGUCAAUGAGGGCUCCAACACCAUGGACAUUGGGAGGACAAUGCUGCCCAACUUCCUGCCACGACACAGGCUUGAUGCAGGGACGUUCGGCACGAUGGGUCUCGGGAUCAGCUUUGCUGUCGCUGCUGCCAUCUGGUGUCGAGAUCAUGCACCAGACAAACGUGUUGUGUGUGUAGAAGGGGACAGUGCGUUCGGUUUCUCAGGAAUGGAGAUCGAGACGCUGCAGAGAUACAAGCUACCCGUGAUCAUCGUUAUCAUUAACAACAACGGCAUCGCCUUCGGCAUCACAGAGGACUCGUGGCAGUCGGCAGCAGAGGGGGACCUCACUCUCAAUGCUCCACCAUCUGGAUUAGUGCCAAACACUCGCUACGAGAAACUGAUCGAGGCGUUCGGAGGUAAAGGAUACUUUGCUACAACAGCGGAGGAUGUUGACCGAUGCAUGAGGGCUGCAAUGGAGGACAGGUCAAGGUCGUCCAUCAUUAAUGUGAUGAUCAACCCCUUGGCUCAGAGGAAAACUCAGGAGUUCUUCUGGCUGACUCAGUCCAAAAUGUGAACUUCAACACGGCAACGUCAAACUCUGUGAUAUAUUAAACAGACCCUUCCAAAGACUAUAUAUAUACCACUCUAUGAACUUGUUAAUAAUCAGAUUCAAGAUUUCUGUGUCUCAUGUCUGUUUUAGUCUAUGAUCGUUGUGACAUUAUUCCAUGAUGAAAGUAUUAUACGGAAGAUAACCUUU